AUGAUAAUUUUCUUAUUCUAUGAAGUACUGUCUCAGCGACAUUUUGUGUGCGAGCACUGCAAUAAGCAAGGGACCUGGCCAGACCUGCUGGACAACCUGAUGUUGCUGAAAACACAAAAGAAGAGGUUAGGGUUCACCUGUUUUAAAGACCUGGAAACAGUCACGCCUUUUCUUCAAGACCUUCCAUCAGCGAGAGAGCUCGUGUCCAGCUGUGUCCCUUUUGGUUCUUUGCAAGAUGAUGUUGCUCACAGAUUAAAGGAGACAUUUGGCUUAGAGGUGCUGAAAACAGGAACUCUCGAUCGGUUCGGUGUACGCUGUAACCAUCACCACAACUACGUGAUAUUUCCUGUGAUUGUUAAUGGUUGUGUACAGAGUGUGAAGAAAAUCACGUGUCAUUCACAGACUGAUGAGGUGAUUGGCACCUUGAGGGAGUCUUAUAUUCCUAGGACAGGUACAACAGGUGUGUUUGGACUGGACACUGUGGCGCCCACUACCACUGAUGUUGUUUUGACCAGUUCUGAAGUUGAUGCGAUGGCUGUGGUUCAGGAAACAAAAAUGGCAGCAAUAGCUCUACCUCGGGGGUAUAACUCUUUACCACAGGAGGUUUUGCCAAGCCUGGAAAGAUUUAAAACAAUUAUCUUAUGGUUUGGCGAUGAUAUCCGGGCUUGGGAAUCUGCCAAGUUGUUCUCCAAGAAACUCAACAGCAAGCGGUGUCAUAUUAUUCGGCCAAGUAUAGAUGACCCUGGGCCACUGACGGCUCUCACGCAGGGCCUGAAGCUGUCCACCAUCCUCGGCAAGGCUCGACCCAUUUCCCAUGAUUCAAUAGUCAGUUUUACUCAGCUGAGACAGGAAAUUCUGUCCCAGUUUCUUCACUCGGAGCAGGUUGCUGGUGUUAAGUGGAAGCGUUAUCCGAUACUUAACAAACUGUUGAAGGGACACCGACGUGGGGAGCUGACUGUCUUUACUGGGCCGACAGGAUCAGGGAAGACAACUUUUAUGAGCGAAUAUUCUUUGGAUCUGUGCAUGCAGGGGGUAAACACACUUUGGGGAAGUUUUGAGAUCAACAACGUGCGUCUGGGCAAGAUGAUGCUGACACAGUUUGCUCAACGGAACCUGUCGAAAAAUCUAGAGCUGUUUGAUGAUUAUGCCGACCUCUUCCAGAGCUUGCCCAUGUACUUUAUGACUUUCCAUGGACAGGAGAGCGUCAAGAAGGUGGUGGAUGCUAUGUCACAUGCUGUUUACGUCCAUGACAUUGCACACGUGGUCUUGGACAACCUGCAGUUCAUGAUGGGGGUUGGCGGCACCGAGUGGAAUGACCGCUUCAUGAAACAGGACUCCAUGGUUGCUGCCUUUAGGAAAUUUGCCACUAACAUGAACUGUCACGUGACGCUGGUUAUUCAUCCGCGGAAGGAGAAGGAGACCGAAGAUCUGACCACAGCCUCUGUCUUCGGGACAGCCAAGGCCACACAAGAAGCUGACAAUGUUCUCAUUCUACAGGACAAACGCUUGACCUCUGUCCGCGGCAGGAAGUAUUUACAGGUGACCAAGAACAGGUUUGAUGGUGAGCUGGGUCUGAUGCUGCUCAAGUUUGACAAGGAGUCUCUCGGUUUUGCUUCCAAGGACAAGGAGAGAACCAGCAGGAAAACGGAUAACGAGGAUGCACAGAAUCCAGAAGAUGAUGAUGAUGAAAGUCAAAGAAGAGAAACCAGUGCAGAUAUGGCUGAAGAAUUGUGA